AUGGCCCUCCCCCCUCCCUUAAUGCUGGAUCCAGCUAUGCUGGCCGAUUCCAGCCUGGUCCACCCCGAAGAUGAUGAUGAUUCCGAAUAUGAAUACGAAUAUCAUCCCACCGAAACAGAAACUGUCUAUCUGACUCUCGACCUCACCUCCCUCCACGGUCCCAUCCGGCCCCCUCGUCGCCGACAACCACAAGAUCCCUCCUCCCUCCCCACCUCCAGUCCAUCCACACCUUCCCAGAAUCAGAAUCAGAACCAUCACGAUGACCAACCCGACGCUGCUCUCUCCAGCACCGAAGCGGACCCCAACAACCCCUCCAUCGCCGACCGUGUCCAAAUCCUAGGCCUUCACACCCCUAACCCCAUCAUCUCCUACCAGAACCAAAUCUUCAGCGGCACCUGGGCCGACCAAAUCGGCACCGAGCUACUCAUCGCACGCCCUGAGGACUCAUCCUCCUCACCACCGCACGAUGCAGACCCCUCCUCCUUUACUAGUAGUAGCAGUAGUCCCGUCAUCCCGCUCCGCCACACCCCAAACUACGACCUCCUCGCAGCCAACAGCGUGAAAAUACUCGGUCGCAAAGCGAAUCUCAUAUCCAGCUCAUCCUCCAACGUCUACGCAGCGGAUUCUGCCGCCGCCGCAGAACAGCCCAGCGACAGCACCACCACCCAGGGCGGUGGUGUAAUCCGCAAAAACGCCCCGCAAACCAAUCAAGCACGAUUUUUAGACCGCCUUGCCAGCCUCAAACGCAGCAAAGGCGAGACCGACGCCGUGCGGACAACAUUCAGCACCAAACGCAUGACGAAUCUGGAGGAUCGGCUACGUGGUUGGGCUCGUACCGAUGAACAGCUGGCACAGAUUCAACGGUUAAACGAGCUGGCGUUAUCCGGGGAUGCGAACGCCAUGGCGGAGCUGGAGGGACUUUAUUCGCGGUUGGGCGGACAAGAUGAAGAGGAAGAGAUGGAUGAGAAUGAUGAUGAGCUGGGACAAUAAGAACCCUCUACUUCGUAUCUCAAUCUUAAUCCAUAGGCUUGGUUCGGCUACACUUGAAUGGGUUAAGCUAAGCUUAGCUACAUGAGAGGGAAAGUUUCCUAUCAGUGGAAUUACACUUCCGCGAUACGAAACCACGCUGAAUACUGACUGAAAAAAAAAAACAGAUCAAUCAUAGUACUUCUGAACAUGAUUGAUCUACGAUGAUCCAGACCCGGACCAGACCAGACCUUCGGACCGGAU